AUGAAUGAAGAUGAUGAUGCAAGACUCAAGAAUUGUUUGCAGAGAAUUGAUUUAAGAGAGAGUGCAAAGUUUGAGAUAUUGUUAGAGAUUGAAGAAUCAGCGUCAAUGGAUCAGAAGUUAGUUACAAAAGAUGGAAGGCUCAGAUCGAUUUUUACAAGAGAAUUCUAUCCUCUGGUGCAGAUCCUCCAAAGCAUUCUCCUUAAGCAGUCUAUGAUGUCAACAUCUUCCGACGGCGAGUUUUGGAGCAAAAAGUUCAGUAUUCCAUCGGGAAUGGGUGAGGAUGGUUCAAAUCCUGAAGAAAGAGCGAUUGUUUCCACAAAACAUCUUCCAAGUAGGCGAGACUCGAUGCUACAAUUACAAACAAAAUCAACAGCCUGCAGUACUAUAGAGUUAUCGCGAAGAGACAAAAUUCUUGACAUGAAUUUAUCGAAACUCUUCAAAGUAGAGAAAUCUGAGGAAUGCAAUGUAAUAUUGGCAACUAGCGGCAUACCGGACAAGAAGAAUCUGCCCAUUUUGAAAUACAGGAACAAUGGAAAGAAUGAUUGCAUAUGGUUGGGCAUGAAGAUUGAAGAAUAUAUGAAGAUGGAGAACUUUGGCAUGGCAUGGACUUGGAAGUUUACUCAUGGAAUUUUAGCACCUUUAGGACUAAGGAAUUUUGUUCAAGUGCAUUUUGUAAUAGUUUUUUCUUUGUGGAUUAUUGGUGCAAUGUGA